AUUUAAUGAAUAGUGAUAAUUAUAAGACUGAAAUUCAUAAUAUGAUUGAAAAUGGUAAGGAUCCAAAAGACAUGGUAAUUUAAAUGUGUCGUCCAUAAUGUAAAUGGUAUGAUGAUAAAUACGACAGAUGUGUAAAGGCUUUCCUUUCAUUGAAAAAUGCUGAUCCUGAGAAGAAUUGUGUAUAAUUAAAAUUUAUAGAAAGAUGUAUCCUUAUAGAGAUUUGGUGACUUGUGUAGAAGCCUGUGUUUAACCAAAAAUUUAACAUGCUUUGAGAGGAAACGAGCAUGGUUCAAUAUUUGCAUGA